AUGAAUAGUUCUUGGAUGUACCGUUGGUACGAUGACCGUUGGCCCGAUGCAACUAGCAACGCUUCUCUUAAUUCGGCCGCUGGUCAGCAGCUGCUGCGUGCCCUACAAGAGGCGCAGGCGCAGCAGGCGCAGACUAUCGCGCAGCAGGCGCAGACUAUCGCGCAGCAGGCGCAGAUUAUCGCGCAGCUGCAAGCCACUAUCGCGCAGCGGGCGCAGAUUAUCGCGCAGCUGCAAGCCACUAUCGCGCAGCUGCAACGGGAUAUCAAGGCGCUGCAAGUUGCGCAGCAGGCACCACGAUGGCGAGGCCUCCUGCGGCUCUUCUCGUGCUGCUGA